UAGUUAGUAAGAUAUAGAUAGCGAUAGUCAUCAGUCAAGAGACAUGGAACAUUUUACGAUAAGAAAUUAAUUUAUAUCAGAGAGAGCUGCAAUAAAUGGGCCAAACUAAACUAAUACUUCAAACCCCAAUAUGGAAAACUACAAAUCUAGACCACUGGAAUUUUAUAUAAAAUACAAUAGAAUGGCAAAACCAAUUUAUUUAACAAAUACAAUUUAAGUUAAUCAAACGUGAAAAUCGCGAAACUACUAACAGUUGAAAGCAAUAGCCAUUUCACUAUAUAAUACAGUUUGCAUUGAACGGUUAGGUUAGCAAGGAACUAUCAUGAUUUUAGAUAAUAAAUUAGAGCCACCUGCUUACUUAAACAAGGAGUUUUUCAAAGCUGCGUUGGAGGAUGGUCUACGGGAAAAAAUUGUUGAAAUAAAAAAUAUUAUUUUUGCAGAGUCAAGUGGCGGUGGAGAGAAUUAUUGCAGCAAGAUUUACCAAGUCAAGGCAUUAUAUCGCAGAAGUAAAUAUCAAUUGGACGAAGAAAUAGAGUUAAUUGUGAAAAGCAUCGCGAUUACACCAGCUACCCAAUUUUUAGACGAUCUUGCUGUAUUUUUGAGAGAGAAGAUAUUUUAUUCGGAUGUUUUGGGAAAAUUGGAAUUAUUAAUUGCUGACGGUUCCAAAUUUGGGGCAAAAUGCUUGUACACUACACGAGAACCGAUGCAAACGAUUGUUUUUGACGAUUUAACACAGUAUGGGUAUAAAUUAGCCAAUCGGCAAAGUGGACUAAAUGAAGAACAUUGUAUUGUUACGCUUAAGAAACUGGCUAAAUUUCAUGCAUCCUCCAUGAUUUUACUGAAAAGGGAUGCUGGCAUAAAAGAACACUUCCGAACCGGGAUGUUGGACGAAAAUUAUAUACGUACUAGCGAGAGAUUUAUGGACUUCAUGACGUUAUUACUGAGAACAUUGGCCGAUUUAGUUAAGACUUGGGAGGGCUACGAGACCAUAUCAGAGAAAUUGCAUGGUCACUGUGAUCAUUUAAUAGAAAAUUUGGUUAAAACUGGUAAAGAAAAAGCCAAUGAACUAUCUGUAUUAAAUCAUGGCGAUUUAUGGGUAAAUAACUUUUUAUUUAAAUACGCCGAGGAUCAACCGGAAAAACCCAUCGACGUUUUAUUUGUAGAUUUUCAAAACAGUUUCUUUGGAAGUCCAGGUUGUGAUAUCAACUUUUUUCUAAAUAGUAGCGUACAACUGGAUGUGUUAAUAAAUCGUCGCGACUUUUUAAUUGAAUCGUACUACGAUACGUUGACAGAUUCCUUAAAAAGUAUGUACUAUAAUCACAUUCCAACAUUGGAUGAUAUAAAAAUGGAAAUAUACUCACGUGAACUAUAUGGAUUCUUUUCAUCCUACGCAUUCUUACCCAUGGUCGCCAUGAAGAAAGAAGACUCGUUGGACAACAGCAUUGAAGCGUUUGCAAAUAAAGAUUUUGCUGCUAAAAAAGUUAAAAUUAUGUUUACAUCCAACCCAAGAACAACUGAUACAUUAAGAUAUACCUUAAAACGUUUUGACGAAUUGAAAAUAUUUGAUUAAUUUUAAGAUUUUGAAAUAAUAAACCAAAGGUUAUUAUUUC